GUGGCGGGCGUGGUCUUGGGCGCCCACAAUGGCGCCGCGGUCUUUUUCUGGCCCCUUUCCUCUGCUCGGAGUUUCCGGGUCUCCCCGUUCGGCUCAUGGAUCGGUCCUAUCCGGCCGACAGACAGAGCACAUGAAACGAGGUGGAUUCGAGACAGGCUGGCCUUAAGCAUCGCAGCCUUGCCUUGCAUCCUCAAUUAUUUUUUCCCUCCCUUGCAUCCCCGGGGGUGAGUGACGAUCUUGCCAGUUGCCUCUGCUGAGGGCUGAGGGCUGCACUGAUCGGCCGUGGAUCCGCAUGGAUGGAUGGAUGGCCUCAGGCUGGCAGGGAGGCGUUCUGGCUGCAGCGGCCCUAAAGGUCAGCCAACGUGCGGAAGGAGAUAAUAUCCGGGGCGCCUGGCUCCGUCCAGCGCCCGGCAGAGGGAAGGAGAGAGCAGAGGGAAGAGUAGCGAGCGGCCUUCUGGCUCGCCGGUUACUAUUAUUAUUACAGAAUCUCGAACCGGACUGGACGGUUCUCCGUGACCGAAAGUCCUUCUGUUCUGGGAGCAGAGUUUGGGCGAUCGUUUCUUCGGCCGAAGCGGUCAUUCUUCGGCCGGGCAGGGGCUGCCUGAUCCGUCGCUCGACGCCGUCAACCAGAGAACCAUCCAUGAUCCAUCGCCAUCCCCAUCCAUCCACUCCCACGGAACAACGGCGAGGGGCACCCGCCCUGGCUAGGCCCCUCCGCUACAAAUACCCGCCCACAGCCAGACCUCGCCUCUCCCCCCGGCUAUCUAAAGCCUCCAUGAUCCCCUCCCCGGGGUUCGAACCCCCCUCCUUUCUCACCCAAGAGUCGGCGUCAAGGUCGAUUCUUCACUUGUCCCCCCUCCCGACACCACUGGUUUCCAGAGGGGCGUGCUCAGCAUAUCUCAUCCCUCGACGCUCAGAGGGCACACAUUGUAUCAUGGGCGGCAUGAUUGAUACCGUCAUUGCAUCGAGCAGUCAGCUGCUGUGACCUCUGUAUGUGUACAUCUCUACGGGUCGGGGCGCUUCCGGUGCCCAAACAACGGCAGGCAGAAUGGAUGGGACGACUGAGCCCGUGCGCCC